AUGGAGGAUGCUUCUGAUUCUUCACAAGGGGUUGCUCCAUUAAUUAAUAAUGUAGCUCUCCCAGGCUCUGCGCCGUCUCUUCCUGUAUCAGUGACAGGCUGUAAAAGUCAUCGAGUAGCCAAUAAAAAGGUAGAAGCAAGACGCGAAAAGCUCCUCCCAACAGCUCUUCCUCCUUCUGAGCCGAAAGUAGAUCAGAAACUUCCCAGGAGCUCCGAGAGGCGGGGAAGUGGCGGUGGGACGCGAUUCCCCUCGCGGAGCCGGACAGUGGCAGCUGGAGGAGCGGUGGUCGCGGGCGCAGCGAGGGCGGCGAGAAGCACCCCCCAGGAGGACAGAGCCUCCCUAAGCUCCCUUUGUAUGGAAGGUGGAGAAGUGGCAGUCGGCGUGCUAGCAGGGAAGCGGGGCCGACGCCGGCGGCCGAGGGUCCGGGCGAGCCCGGGCGGACUGGAGAUGCCGUUGCUACAUCGAAAGCCGUUUGUAAGACAGAAGCCGCCCCCGGACCUGCGGCCCGACGAGGAAGUUUUCUACUGUAAAGUCACCAACGAGAUCUUCCGCCGCUAUGAUGACUUUUUUGAACGAACCAUUCUGUGCAACAGCCUUGUGUGGAGUUGUGCUGUGACGGGCAGACCAGGACUGACCUAUCAGGAAGCACUUGAGUCAGAAAAAAAAGCAAGACAGAAUCUUCAGAGUUUUCCAGAACCACUAAUUAUUCCAGUUUUAUACUUGACCAACCUUACCCAUCGUUCACGCUUACAUGAAAUUUGUGAUGAUAUCUUUGCGUAUGUCAAGGACCGAUAUUUUGUUGAAGAAACUGUUGAAGUCAUUAGGAACAAUGGUGCAAGAUUACAGUGUAGGAUUUUGGAAGUCCUCCCUCCAUCACAUCAAAAUGGUCUUGCUAAUGGGCACGUCAGCAAUGUAGAUGGAGAAACUAUUAUCAUCAGUGAUAGUGAUGAUUCAGAAACACAAAACAGUUCUUUUCAAAAUGGAAAGAAGAAAGAUGCAAUUGAUCCCUUGUUAUUCAAAUACAAGGUACAGCCCACUAAAAAAGAAUUAUAUGAGUCUGCUGUUGUUAAAGCAACACAAAUCAGCCGGAGAAAACACCUGUUUUCUCGGGAUAAAUUAAAGCUUUUUCUGAAGCAACACUGUGAACCACAAGACGGAGUCAUUAAAAUUAAGGCCUCAUCUCUUUCGACAUAUAAAAUAGAAGAACAGGAUUUUUCUUAUUUCUUCCCUGAUGACCCACCUGCGUUUCUCUUUAGUCCUGCUAGCAGACGAAGAGGAAGACCUCCCAAACGAAUAUCUGUUAGUCAGGAAAGAGAGAAGCUACGUGAAGAAAAGCGAAAAUACAUGGAACACUUAAAGCAGUGGAGUAAACCUAGAGAAGAUAUGGAAUGUGAUGAUCUUAAGGCACUUCCAGAACCAACUCCAGUGAAAACUAGACUACCUCCUGAAAUCUUUGGUGAUGCGCUGAUGGUUUUGGAGUUCCUUCAUGCAUUUGGAGAACUUUUUGAUCUUCAAGAUGAGUUUCCUGAGGGAGUAACCCUAGAAGUGUUAGAGGAAGCUCUUGUAGGAAAUGACAGUGAAGGCCCACUAUGUGAAUUGCUUUUUUUCUUCCUGACUGCCAUCUUCCAGGCGAUAGCUGAAGAAGAAGAGGAAGUAGCCAAAGAGCAAAUAACUGAUGCUGACACCAAAGAUUUAACAGAGGCUUUGGAUGAAGAUGCAGACCCCACAAAAUCUGCACUGUCUGCAGUUGCAUCUUUGGCAGCUGCAUGGCCACAGUUACACCAGGGCUGCAGUUUGAAAAGCUUGGAUCUUGAUAGCUGCACUCUUUCUGAAAUUCUCAGACUGCACAUCUUAGCUUCAGGAGCUGAUGUAACAUCAGCAAAUGCAAAGUACAGAUAUCAAAAACGAGGAGGAUUUGAUGCUACAGAUGAUGCUUGUAUGGAGCUUCGCUUGAGCAAUCCCAGUCUAGUGAAGAAGCUGUCAAGCACUUCAGUGUAUGAUUUGACACCAGAGGAAAAAAUGAAGAUACUUCAUGCUCUCUGUGGGAAGCUACUGACUCUAGUUUCUACAAGGGAUUUCAUUGAAGACUAUGUUGAUAUAUUACGACAGGCAAAGCAGGAGUUUCGAGAGUUAAAAGCAGAACAACAUCGAAAAGAGAGGGAAGAAGCAGCUGCCAGAAUUCGUAAAAGAAAGGAAGAAAAACUUAAGGAGCAAGAACAAAAACUGAAAGAGAAACUAGAAAAACUAAAGGAAGACAAGCGAAGAAAUUCAACUGCAGAUGUAUCUGUCGGGGAAGAAGAAAAAGAAUAUUUUGACACUAGCACUGAGAGCAAAGAAAUAGAGCAAAAGGAACUAGAUCAAGAUAUGGUCACUGAAGAUGAAGACGACCCAGGAUCACAUAAAAGAAGCAGAAGGGGGAAAAGGGCACAAAAUGGAUUUAAAGAAUUUACAAGGCAAGAAGAGACCAACUGUGUAACAAUAGAGCCUUUUACUGCUGUUGAGGAAGAAGCUUUGAAACAGGAACACUGUCGAAAAGAGAAAGAACUCUUAGAGAAAAUUCAGAGUGCCAUAGCCUGUACCAAUAUCUUUCCUUUGGGCCGUGACCGCAUGUAUAGGCGAUACUGGAUUUUCCCUUCUAUUCCUGGAUUGUUCAUUGAAGAGGAUUAUUCUGGCCUCACUGAAGAUAUGCUGUUGCCUCGCCCUUCAUCAUUUCAGAACAAUGCACAGUCUCAUGAGUCUCAGGUAUCCACUAAAACUGAAGAGUCUGAAUCUACCUCCACCAUUGAGCAAGGUCCAUGUAAUGACUCUGUGCGGCUGCCAAAACCAGUGCAUAAGCCAAAUCGAUGGUGCUUUUAUAGUUCUUGUGAACAGCUAGACCAGCUUAUCGAAGCUCUUAAUUCUAGAGGAUAUAGAGAAAGUGCCUUAAAGGAAACUUUAUUACAAGAGAAAAGCAGAAUAUGUGCACAGCUAGCUCAUUUUUCUGAAGAGAAAUUUCAUUUUUCAGACAAAUCUCAAACUGAUAGCAAACCUGUGUGUAGUCGGGGAAGAUCUUCCAGUUCAUAUGAUACAUCGCAGAUGUCUGCAGAAAGGCAGCUUGAGUUGAGGCUUAGAGAUUUUCUUUUGGACAUUGAAGACAGAAUCUACCAAGGAACAUUAGGGGCAGUCAAGGUUACAGAUCGACACAUCUGGAGAUCAGCCUUAGAAAGUGGACGGUAUGAGCUGUUAAGUGAGGAAAACAAGGAAAAUGGGAUCAUUAAAACUGUGAAUGAAGAUAUAGAAGAGAUGGAAAUCGAUUCACAAGCAAAGGUCAUAGUGAAAGACAGACUUUUGGGGAUAAAAACAGAAACUCCAAGUACCGUCUCAACUAGUGCAAGUACACCGCAGUCAGUGAGCAACGUGGUUCAUUAUCUGGCAAUGGCACUGUUUCAAAUAGAGCAGGGCAUUGAGAGGCGUUUUCUAAAAUCUCCACUUGAUGCCAGUGAUAGUGGGCGUUCUUAUAAAACAGUCCUGGACCGUUGGAGAGAGUCUCUCCUUUCUUCUGCUAGUCUAUCCCAAGUCUUUCUUCACCUCUCCACCUUGGAUCGUAGUGUCAUAUGGUCUAAAUCUAUACUGAAUGCUCGCUGCAAGAUAUGCCGAAAAAAGGGUGAUGCUGAAAGCAUGGUACUUUGUGAUGGCUGUGACCGAGGUCAUCAUACCUAUUGUGUUCGACCAAAGCUCAAGACUGUUCCUGAAGGAGAUUGGUUUUGUCCAGAAUGUCGGCCAAAGCAGCGUUCUAGACGACUCUCCUCUAGACAGAGACCAUCUUUGGAAAGUGAUGAAGAGAUGGAAGACCAUAUGGAAGGUGAAGAUGAUGAAGUUGAUGAUGAUGAAGAAGAGAGUCAAAGUGAGGAGGAAGAGUAUGGGGUAGAACAAGAUGAAUAUGACUCUCAAGAAGAAGAAGAAAUCAGCCAACCAAAACGAGGAAGACCACAAGUUAAUCUGCCAAUUAAAACAAGAGGGAGACUUAACUCUUCUUUCUCAAGCCGUGGCCAGCGGCACAAUCCUGGGAGAUACAUGUCAAGGAGUCAGCAGAAUACACCCAAAACAAUUGUUUCCUCUAAGACUACUUCUACUGGUAGAAGCUUAAGAAAGAUCAAAUCUGCUCCUCCUACAGGAACUAAAUCUUUAAGAAUUGCCAGUCGCACUACUCGCCAGAGUCAUGGCCCACUGCAAACAGAUGUAUUUGUAGAACUACUUAGUCCUCAUAGAAAACGCAGAAGCAAGAAAAGUGUUACUGAUACACCAGAAAAUAGUCCCAACUUCCCUAACUUCAGAGUCAUUGCCACAAAGUCAAGUGAACCGUCAAGAUCUUUAAACGUUGAUCCACAUCUUUCUCUCCAAGAUAGUGAAUCCAGAAGAAGAGGCAGAAAAAGACAGUGUACAGAAUCAUCCCCUGUAACACUGAAUCGAAGGAGUUCAGGUCGACAGGGAGGAGUUCAUGAAUUGUCAGCUUUUGAACAGCUUAUUGUUGAAUUGGUACGGCAUGAUGACAGUUGGCCUUUUUUGAAACUGGUUUCUAAAAUUCAGGUCCCAGAUUAUUAUGACAUCAUCAAAAACCCUAUUGCCUUAAAUAUAAUUCGUGAGAAAGUAAACAAAUGUGAAUAUAAAUUAGCAUCUGAGUUUAUUGAUGAUAUUGAGUUAAUGUUUUCGAACUGCUUUGAGUACAACCCUCGUAACACAAGUGAGGCAAAAGCUGGAACUAGGCUUCAAGCAUUUUUUCAUAUUCAGGCUCAAAAGCUUGGACUCCACGUCACAUCUGGUAAUGUGGAUCAGGUUAGCAUACCACCAACUGCAAAAAAGUCACGAAUCUAAUUUCUCUUAAAGGAUAUGUUUAACAAGGGAAAACAAAUUGUUUGUGAAAAUGGAACAUUAAAUCAUGCUCUAAAGCAAACAUGUAUACAGCAAUAACAACUGAUUGACCACACUGAAGUGUGGCCUGCACUAUAUUCUCAAUUUUAAUAUUAAGCACUCAGGAGAAUGUAGGAAAGAUUUCCUUUGCUACAAUUUUGCUCAGUAUCUAAUAAGUUUAAUAGAUGUAUUAGAUACAGUACUGGUUUACAGAGGUUUUUGUACAUUUUUUAGAUCAUUCAUGUGUCCGUAUAGCUUGGAAAAUAUUUUUUCACCUGUGAUUUAUUUUGUCAUUGAUAUUUUUUUAGAAUUGUGACAUUAAGAAAUAUUUAUCUACACAGAUGAAUCUUCUGCCAUAUGACAAUUUAGAAAAAUGUGUGUAUGUCUAAGAAUUGUUUAAGGAGCACAUUGUUUCAACACUACACAUGAAUGAAUCCAAUUUUAUAUCAUUUAAGUUCUGUACCAGUAUUGGCUGGAGGUAUUAAGUCUGAGUUUAUUAAUUAGAUAUUUAUUUAGCAUUCAGAGUAAUUUGUGAAUUUGUUUUGUAUUUAUAAAAUUUGUACCUGGAAAAUGUUCUUUAAUUUUUUAAACAUACUGUGUUUUGUUUUAUUUCCUUAAUGAUCAAUCAUAAAAAGAUAACACCUUCCUUUUCCCUAACAAUUCUUUCAGUUUCACAGAAUUGUAAUAUAAGUUUCUAUGUACAACUUUAUAAGUGUACAAAUAAAAUAAUACUUUUUUUUUCAAA